UUGGUUCUGACUAUAGAUUGAGAGCCAUGAGGUUUACUUGUGCUUUGGUCGCGACGGCGUCGGUGAUGGCGCUGGCCUGCCUGGCUUCGGCCUCUCCCGGCGGAGGCUACGGCGGAAGUAGAGGCAGCGGCGGAGGCCAAGGAGGAGGCUUUGGAUUCGGAGGCCGACCCACCGGGGGCUUCGGAGGCUUCGGAGGAGGCUUCGGUGGCGCUGCAGGAGGUUUCAGUAGUUUUAGCGGAGGUUUCAGCAGUUCUGCCGGAGGCUUCGGAAGCAGUCACGGCGGCGCCGGCGGAGGUUUCGGGGGUUCGAAUACAGGGUUCGGGGGUUCCAGCGGAGGCGUGGGGGGUUCCAAUGCGGGUUUCGGUGGAAGCACCGGAGGUUUCGGAGGUUCUAGUGGCGGCCACGGAGGUUCGAACGCAGGAUUCGGCGGAAGCACCGGAGGUUUCGGCGGAAACACCGGAGGCUUUGGCGGCAACUCAGGUGGUUUCGGCGGUUCUCAGGGAGGCUUCGGCGGUUCAAGUGGCGGCCACGGAGGCUCAAACGCAGGAUUCAGCGGAAACACCGGAGGCUUCGGCGGAUCUCAGGGAGGUUUCGGCAGUACCGCUGGAGGCUUCAGCGCUUCAAGUGGAGGUUUCAGCAGCGCCAGCGGUGGUUUCGCCAGUGCCAGUGGAGGCUUCAGCAGCUCGAGCGGAGGUUUCAGCAGCUCGAGCGGGGGCUUCGGUGGCGCCAGCGGAGGUGGAAGCGGCGGCAGCGUGGGGGCUUCACCAAGUGGCAGCGGGAGUGUGCCCAUCCCCGCAGUCAUCGGAAGCCCGGUUAGCAACGGCGUGAACGUGGGAUAUCAACUCCCACACGCGUAAUCAGACAUGUACUGAGAUCAUAUGCUACGAGGAGGAGGAGGAUGUUAGCAAACGUUUCGCAGACCACAUUUGUUUUUCUUUUGUUUUCUUUUGAGAGAAGCGUGAAACUCUUAAGAUAUAUAUAUAUUUUUUUUUUUGGAAACGUUACAUGUCAGUGCGUAUACUUUUUUUUUCUAAUUAUGAUUGUAAUCUGCCUGGGAGACACACACGCAAACAAACAUUUUGAAUGCUGAUGAAACGUUUUCCCUGAAAGACACAAUACACAAUAACAAACGUUUUUCAAUUCACUUGGACUACUUUAACCUUUUAUCCACAAGCAUAACAUGUAAUAAUGUAUUUUAUUAUUCUUUUUAUUUUUUUAUUAUUAUUAUUUUUUUUUUUUUAUCUUUUUUUUCUCUUUCUUUUGGAACAACCAGAAUCUACCUGGAAAUAUACAUGUCAACAAACGUUUUUUUUAGCUCAUAAACAUUUCAUUAACUGUUAUAGAUAACACUAGCUACGAUUUCUAUUUAUUGUUUCCUCUGUAACUGUAACUGGUGUUUGUAUCUGCUUAAUUACAAUAAAUUAUUGAUGUAA